AUGGAUAAUUUUGAAAAUCCUUUGUUAGCGCCAGACCAAGAUGUGUUAUUAUACUUAUUAGAUGGAUAUUCACAAUUACAACAACUACAAAAACAACAAUUUAAUAUACACGAUGAUAAUAUUAACUAUAAUAAUAAUAAUAAUAAUAAUAAUAAUAAUAAUAAUAAUAAUAAUAAUAAUAAUAAUAAUAAUAAUAAUAAUAAUAAUAAUAAUAAUAAUAAUAAUAUUGGAUCUCCCCAAAUAAUGAAUGAAAAUAUAGAGACUAAUUCUAAUGACCCACAAUAUCUUGAACGACUUCAAUCAAUACAACAGCAACAACAUCAAUGUCAAACACAAAUUCAACAACAAUUACAAAACUAUCAACAACAAUAUGAAGAUCAAUAUCAACAACGUCAACAACAAUAUCAAGACCAAUAUCAAAAACCUUAUUCAUCUCCUCCAUUAAAUUUUAAUUCAAUACCACCAAUAACUAAUAAUAAUAAUAAUAAUAAUAACAAUAAUAAUAAUAAUAAUAACAAUAAUAAUAGCAAUAGUAAUAGUAAUAGUAAUAGUAAUAGUAAUAGUAAUAGUAAUAGUAAUAGUAAUAGUAAUAGUAAUAAUAAUAAUAUAAAUAAUAAUAUUUGUAUUAAUAAUAAUGACAUAUCAAUUUUUUUACUAAAUAACCAAAUACAAUUACAACCAUUACAACAACAACAACAACAACAACAACAACAACAACAACAACAACAACAACAACAACAACAACAACAACAACAACAACAACAACAACAACAACCAACACAACCAACACAACCAACAAAACCAAUACAGUUAACACAACCAAUACAAUUAACACAACCAACACUACUUGAAGAAUUAAAAGAUAUAUCAAUUCAACAACAAUUAUUAUCAGCUAUUCAACAAACAGCACAAUCACCUCAACAAAUUCAUCCACUUCAACAAUUACAACCAUAUCAACUUCAAUCAUAUCAACAAAUCCAAGCAAGUCAACAAUUACAACCAUAUCAACAGUUAAUUCAAUUACAACAAUUACAAUUACAACAACUUGAAGAAGAAAAAAGACAACAACAAAAACAAUUAUUAUUACAACAACAACAAUUACAAGAGCAACAGGAAAAAUUGCAACAACAAUUAUUACAACAACAAAAACAACAGCUUAAACAAAAAGUUAAACAACAAAAACAACAACAUCAAAAACAACAACCACAACAACAACAACAAAGUAUUCAAAUACCUCCAGAGUUACAAAAUUACAUUUUAAAUAAUAAUAAUAAUAAUAAUAAUAAUAAUACCAAUAAAACUUUAAGUCCAAUAUCUGAAAUGAUACAAAAUCAAUUUCUAAACAAUCAACAAACAAUACUAAAUCAAAAUAAUUCAACUCUACAACUUCCAACUCCAUUCUAUUCACCACAACAACAACAACAACAACAUACCCCUAUUUCUUCAUUUAUACCUCCACCAUCACUACCUUCAUCACCACCAUCACCACCAUCACCACCAUCACCACCACCACAACAACAACAACAACAACAACAACAACAACAACAACAACAACAACAACAACAACAACAACAACAACAACAACAACAACAACAACAACAACAACUACAACAACAACAACUACAACAACAACAACUACAACAACAACAUCAAUUAAAAGAAUCUUAUGAAUCAAAAGAAUCAAUAAAAAAGUAUAAUCAAAAUAUUGCCAGUAGAAAUUAUAGAUUAAAAAAAAAAGAUUAUAUAAAAGAGAUUGAAAAUAAAAUAGCAACUUUAUCUCUAGAGAAUAAUAGACUUGAAAAAGAAAAUGGAUCAAUAAGAACUAAUGGAUCAAUAGAGAUGAUGAGAAUGGAACCAGAGUCAAUGAAAAUGUUAAUGGAUGGUAAAUUAAUAAUUGAAAAUAUAAAACAUGCUUUAAUAAUUGAUGAUGAAAAAUCUUUAAUUUAUCUUUUACAUCAAUAUCAUCGUACAAUUGAUCAAAGAUAUUCAUUACUUGAAAAAGAAGUAAACAAAUUAAUUAAUCCCUAUACACAAUUAAGACUUUGUUGUAUUGGAUAUGUACCAAAAUCAUCACCUUUAGUUUUAAAUAUAUUUCAAGGUCCAGAAUCUGAUAAAUGGUUAAAUCUAUUUAAAAUUGAAGCAAAUAUUACACCUGAACAAUCAAUUAAAAUAGAUUCUUUACGUUUUCAAUAUGGUAAAGUUAGUUCAAGAUUAUCAAAUGAACUCUUAGAAUUAGACUUAAUUAUUAAAAGAUUUUUCAUUAAAAAUGUAUUACCAACACCAGAUACACCUCUGUUGAAUAGUGAUUACUAUAGUGAAGGUGAAUUAAUUCCAAAUACAACAACAGAAUCAAUCGCUCCAUUGAAUAAUUUUGAAUUAUUGGAUUUCGCUUCAAAAUUGGAAUCUUUAAAAAAUAAAAUCAUUUUAAAUGCAAGUUUAGGUUUGGAUACAUUUGCAACAUUAUGUUCAAUUUUAACACCAAAACAAGAGGCAUUACUUUUGGUGAGAGUAAAUCUAUUUUGUAUAGAUUUACAUCAUCAUGAUAUAUUAGGUGAAGUUUGGACAAAUGUAAAUCAAAUUUCAAAUUCCUUAUCAAAUCCAUUGACAAGUUUUUCUGAUUCCAUGAAAAAAAUUAAUUUUAGUUUUCUACAACUUGACAAUAAUAAUAAUAAUUAUCAUUAUAAAAUUAAUUAA